AUGACUCGUGGAAACCAGAGAGAUCACGAUCGCAAAAGGGCUCGCGAGAAGGCAGACAAGUUGAACAAAACUAAGACUACCAUGUCCGGGUCCGAGUUCCAACGCGCUAAAGAGAACGCCGCUGCUAUUAUGCGGGAGAAGCAAAGGAAGGCCGAUGAACGCAAGGCGGCUGAAGCCGCAGGAGCUGGGAAAAAAUAA